CAAGUCCUAAACAUCUUCUUUAAUAAUCAAUCAUGUAAGACUUUAUCUUUCCCUCUUUCAUCUAAUCUCCAUUAAUCCAUCUCCUAGCUUCUUAUGCUUGCUACAAAAUCCUGUAUCUUGUUGAAACCUAUAAGAGUCAAGCUCUUGAAUAUAGUGUUAUGGAGCAAGCACGGUGCUGGAUGUGGACUAAGCGAAAACAUAGUUUGAGUUCUCAUGUCCAAGCAUCAACUCGCCCAUCAUAUGAUGAGUCAUGGGAAGAACAAGCUUUUGCAGAAGAUGCAGCUGGGUCUUUAGGAGGGUGUAUAUGGCCUCCAAGAUCUUAUUCUUGCAGCUUUUGUAGAAGAGAAUUCAGGUCUGCUCAAGCUCUAGGGGGUCACAUGAAUGUCCAUAGAAGGGAUAGAGCUAGACUGAAACAAUCUCCAGGCCCCCACAAUGAAGUUCUUCAUCAUGACCAUCAAAAUCAUCACAAUCUCUUUCAAAAUCCUUAUUCAUCUUUGGGUUUUCAAUAUCCAUCUCAGAUUUGUACCUUGGUUUACAGCCCUAACCCUAAUACUGAUCCUGGUAUUGUUGCAUCACCAUCUUCACCUUGUAAGCUUUCAACUACACCCACUCAAGGGAAUUCCGAUGAAAAGAACUUUUUCCCUCCUUUUUCUCCUUCCACUCUUAAAGAAGAACCCGACAAGAAGACCCCUAGAUCUUCACCUCCGUCAUGGCCAAACUCCCCUACGGACAGAUGUUACCACAUCUCAGAUCCCAGGAAAGAAGGAAAGAAGAAUUUAAGAAUUGUAGAAUCAGGAUGUAAAGCUAAGGUAGAUUAUGUCAAAACUGAUCUGUCUGUCAGCUUGAAUUUGGUUGUUCGACGAACUUGCCCAACCAUAUCAUCAGAUGGGGAUGAGGAGGAGACUAUAGGCUGCAAAAGGAGGAGAACCAGGCCAUCAUCGAUACCUUUCCUGGUGAUGUCCAAUUCAGUUGCUAAACAUCAUGUGCAGUCAGAGGUAAUUGAAAUUAGCCCUUGCUCUAUAGAGGAAUUGGAUCUUGAACUCAGGCUUGGUGACCGGCCUAAGGUAAAGUAAUUGCAGAACUAUAUAUAUAUAUAUAUAUUUCACUGGUCUCUUCUUAUUUACAUUGCUUAAUUCCCUCUUUUGUUGCUUUGAGUUUUAUAACUUGUUGUAUCUCCGAGUGCUUAUGAAUUCACAAGG